AUGGAAGAUAUUUAUGAGCCUUUCAAUCUGGGAGAUGAUCCACCACCAGGACGAAGAAGUAAAGAUUUAUGUGCGUACCAUCACUUUCAUGGUAACACAACACAUAAUUAUAGAAAUGUGAGGAAGAUUAUACUGCGAAUGAUAGAGCAAGGAAAAUUAAAUCACUUCUUAGCACAACAGCAACAGAAUUUACCACCACCACUACUUGGAGGCAACGCAUACAAUGCAGAGAAAGGAAAAAACACAUAUGUGAUUGAAGUGGAUGCGAAAUCCAAGAAUUUAUAUUGCAAUUCAAUUGUUCAUUCUUUCAAAAACAUCGAAAACUUUCAUGAUAAUAUCUUAAGUCGGGUGCAUGCGAGAGAUAAUGAUGGACGAGAAAUAUUCAACCUUGCGAAGGUAUCACCAUUAAAAGAUUGGCAAAGACAAGUUGUAUCAUUCAGUGCUGAAGAGACACCAAGAGGAGGAGAACCACAUGAGAAUCCAUUAGUGGUAAAUCUAGGCAUUAAUCCCAAAGCAAAAUUAGAAGACGAUGAUGAGGAGGAAGAUGAUGCAAAUGUAUGGGCAAUUGAUAGAAUACUUAUAGAUCCAAGAAGUUCGGUUGACAUCCUCUUUUACCACACAUAUAAGACCAUGGGAGGAAAAGAUAACGAACUAAUUCCGUCCACUUAUAAUAUAUAUGGAUUCAAUGGUACUGCUAAUAAUCCCAAAGGAGAGGUGACAAUACGAAUCCCUCUGAAGAGUCUAUCUACAAAAAUCACAUUCUGUGUUGUUGAUGUCGAGUCCCCUUAUAAUGUUCUGAUUGGAAGGCCAUGGUUGCAUGGUAUUUUGGGAGUUACUUCGACAUUUCAUCAAUGCAUAAAAUUCCCAUUACCUCAAGGUCUUGGAAUAAUAAGGGGAGAUCCAAACCUGGGAAAAAGCUGCCAAGAAAUUGAUGUGGUAAGUGCAAAGAAAGAGAGAAUAAGCGAAGAAACUGGAAGAAACAUGUUAAAGACAAUCAAAGGGGUGAAAGGCUAA